AAAACCUAUUUUUGAGGAGGGGGGGGGAAACUGCUCAAUUAAGUCAACAAAUAAUACAGGAGUCUGAAUGUAAAGUCUCGGUGGGCGGGAUUAAAGAACAGAAUGUCGAUGACACGCAAUGGAUAAAUUCUCUGAGAUAACAAAAAAAAAAAAAAAAGUUGCUGAGUCGUCAAAGGAAGAACUUGUUUUGGGAAAUGAAAGUGGACUCUUCGCUUAAAUCAGACGGCAGUCGUAGACACAAAUAAGGUCGACGUGAAAGUCGCUUCCCCCUCCAGGAAGGGACGGCAAAUAAACUCCCGACUGAUAAUGAAGUCAGGACUUUGAGUCCGGACUGCUCCUCAUAAACAAGCGCCCUGCGCACGCCUCCAACGACUUCCUUCGCGGCGAUGGCGGAUUUCAGCGACCUCAUCGUGCAAAUUGGAGACUUUGGAUUUUUCCAGAAGAGACUGGUGGUGCUCUGCUCCCUGCCGCUGAUCCCCUUCUCCUUUGUCCUGGUGGGGGUCGUUUUCCUCGGCAAUACGCCGGAUCACCGGUGCGCCAUCCCGGAGGCCGAGCGGCUGCGGGGCGAGUGCGGCUGGACGGAAGCGGAGGUGAGGGAGGUCACCAUCCCCCGCUCGGAAGCGUCCUUCAGCCGCUGCAACAGGUUCCGCUUGAACCUGAGUCACGAAACUUGCGACGAACUGGAAAAAAUGCUGGCGUCCAACAAGACCCCCGUGAUGCCGUGUGACGGCGGGUGGGCUUUCGAUAAAAACUAUUCCACGAUCGUUUCUGAGUUCUCGUUGGUGUGCGAGAGAUCCUGGCUCGCUGAUCUCAAUCAAGUCACAAUGGCGUGCGGCCUAUUCGUCGGCGCUUUCAUCACCGGCUACUUGUCCGACAGGUUUGGCAGGAAGCCUUGUUUCAUUGCCUUCAUGUUUUGCCUCGGUCUGGUGGGCGUGGGCGUCAUGCUGUCGCCGUGGUACCCGCUGCUUCUGGCAUUUCGCUUCCUGCAAGGGUUUUUUGAAAAGGGAGCGUGGACGUCAUGCUAUGUACUGCUGUUUGAGUUCUUUAGCUCAAACAAGAGGAAAUUGGUGUCCAUGGUGUGCCGCUCAUUCUUCUCCAUCGGCAUGAUGAUCCUGCCCGGCUUGGCUUACUUGGUCCCCUCCUGGAAGACCCUGCAACUCAUCAUGACGCUACCCUGGUUCCUUUUUAUCUCGUAUUACUGGAUGAUUGCCGAGUCCCCGCGCUGGCUGUUCUCUCAAAGGAGGAACUCGGAGGCCAUGCGGAUCGUGGCCGAUGUCGCCAAGUGCAACGGACGAAGCUUGCCACAGAACUUCCAAGAGAUGACUCCUCUGGAGACGAAGAAAGAGCAACAUACUUUAUCCUUUCUGGACUUGUUCAGGACCCCCGCCAUCAGGAGGAACACGCUCAUCUUAAUUUACGCCUGGCAAGUCAGUUUGAUGAUCCUCACGGUCGGACCGCAUUCCUUCUCACAGCCAAGGGUUUGCCUUCAUUCUCCCCUGCGCAGGUUUUCAAGCAGUAUCGUGUUCUUCGGUCUGGUUUUGCGCCUGGGGAUCACGGGUGACAACCACUUCCUGGACUUCUUCAUCUCUUCGGCGGUGGAACUCCCCACGGGCCUCAUUUUCUACCUGCUGGUUGACAGAAUCGGCAGGCGCUCCCUGUUGGCGUCGACUAAUUUAAUCGCGGGGCUCGCCUGCCUCGCCGCCCCCUUCAUUUCCUCGGAGCUUUCCUGGUUGAAAAAAGCCGUGGUGUUCAUCGGCAGACUCGCCGUUGCCACGGCACUGGAGACGCUCAACUUUGCAAACACCGAGCUGUAUCCCACCACUCUGAGAAAUCUGGGCGUGUGCGUGUGUUCAUCAGCCUGCGACGCCGGAGUCAUUGUGGCCCCACUGCUGCUCUACCGGCUGACAACCUUGAGGCAGGAGCUUCCCUUUUAUGUCUACGGGGCUUUGGCAGUUGUUAACUGCGGCUCGGUGACACUGUUGCCGGAGAUGAAAGGAGUUGCGCUGCCGGAGACCAUCGAGGACAUGGAGAAUCUAAGAAGAAAACAAAACCAAUCCAAGGAGGCAAACGACUCCAUGACAUGACAAGAGGAGGGAGUCUCAUGAAGAUUUCGGCAUCUUUCGGGCCCUUCUUGGAAUUUAACCGAUGAUUCUGACGAAUUGAUUGCCUUUCGAUGAUCCUUCAAUUAUUUACUCAUGUAUCCUCGUGAUAUUUCAUGUGUCCCAAUCUCAACCACUCCACAAAGCGCAUCCGUUAGUAGCUCCUGGAAAGGAUGAAAAGGUUGUGCCAGAAGUUGAAGAAGAAGUAGGCGACUUGGGUUUGGAGCAGCCGUUUUUGGGGCAAAUUGUUGGUACUUUGACGAACGCCUCCCCGGGAAAUAGUCCAAAUGAGCUCUAAUCUGAAGCGCACAUCCUUGACAGAUGGGUGACCCAAAAUGGUGGAUCUGAUGCAUCCAUUGUGUCACAAUGUGAUCAUUUCAAGGAUUCCCAAUGAAAACAGGGUUGUGAAUGCCCAUUCACCGCCGCCCGGCGCUUAAUUUAUUGUGUUGACAAGGCCCGUCCCGCUCGUGUUCUCAGAACAAAUUCGAUCAAAAUGAUAUCAUCGUCUGUCUGUUACUUUCUCCUUGCCAGGCAUUUUUUUGGCAUCACGUCUAUUUUAGAAGGACCAAUAAAGAAAUUUGUGAGAUGUAAACUUC